GCCAAAGCACAAUUUAAGCGCCGGAGUACGGCGAAUCAAGUAGAGAUUCACAUUCCAGUCCCUAGCGAUGUGGACUCUCCUCGAUUCAAGACUGCAGUUGGUUCCUGCAAAUAUAUCCCCGAGGAGAAUCGAGUUGUAUGGAGUAUAAAGAGUUUCCCUGGUGGUAAAGAAUACAUUAUGCGGGCUUGUUUCGGCUUGCCCUCUGUGGAAGGUGAUACGUCAGCUGAAUCACGGCCUCCCAUCUCAGUCCGAUUUGAAAUCCCCUACUUCACUGUCUCUGGUCUCCAGGUCUUGUAUUUAAAGAUUAUUGAAAAGAGUGGAUACACGGCUCUGCCGUGGGUUCGCUAUAUCACACAAAACGGUGAUUAUCAGCUGCGCAUGGUGUGA